AUGAUUGAUGCUAUUUUAGAGAUUGCACAUGUUGAGAUCUUCAUCCUAUUUAAAAGGAUGUUUUCUCGGCGAUUUCUUUGUUUGGCAUUUGAAGUGAAGACUAUAAUCAGAAGAACAUUUUGUGAUUUUAAACCGGACUUCUCAUUCGGCGACCUCGACAGACCUCGUGUAGUAAAAAGUCACAAGCCAAGAUCUCAGUCAUAUGCGGACCGAAACUUUGUGGAUUUCAAAGAGGUACAGGUCAUUGCUGGGAAAGGUGGAAAUGGCUGCUUGAGCUUUUUGCAGUUGCCGCAAACUGAAUGGGCUGGACCUGAUGGUGGCGAUGGUGGUAAUGGUGGACACAUUAUAUUUGAAGCCUCCAGGAAUGUAAAAUCUUUGGGACAUUUGAAGUCUAUUAUACGAGGUGCUGAUGGAAAUAAUGGUAGGAACAAAAACUGUCAUGGAAAGAAUGCAAAACACACAAUAGUUAAGGUGCCUCUUGGCUCAGUUGUGCGGAACAGUGAGAAAAAAAUCCUUUCUAACCUUAAACGGGAUAAUCACUAUUUCCUGGCUGCAAGGGGUGGGGCUGGUGGCAAAGGGAAUCGAUUUUUCUUGACCAAUGAGGAAAGAGCACCAACAACUGUCGAAGAAGGAGCCCUAGGACAAAAUUUUCAUUUGUCAGUUGAACUGCAGACCUUAGCACAUGUCGGCUUAAUUGGCUUUCCAAAUGUGGGCAAAUCCACUUUGUUAAGAGCAAUAUCUCGGGCUCGGCCCAAGGUUGCAGUGGCAGAUAUUCCAGGUUUAAUUGAGGGAGCUCACCAGAAUCGUGGCCUUGGCUUCUCCUUUUUACGACACAUUGAACGCUGCAGUUGCCUGUUAUACGUCAUUGACCUCUCCGGACACAAAUGCUGGACGCAGCUGACUGCUCUCAAGGCAGAACUUGAACAAUAUCAGAAAGGACUUUCCAAAAGACCCCAUGCCAUUGUUGCUAACAAGAUUGAUCUACCUUGGGCUAAGAAAAACCUUGAGCACCUCAAGAAUGAGGUGAACCUGCCAAUAUUUGCAAUUUCAGCCAAGCACAGAGUAAACAUGGAUCCGUUGUUGUCUCAGAUACGUUUGUUGUAUGAUAAUAAUGUUGAAUUAGAGAAAGAUUUGGAUGAAGAAGAGUUUUAUUAA